UGCAGGAUUGGUCACAGGAGUGUAAUGAUCCAGUUCUACUACUUCUGCCUUUCGAUGCUGACUGGUAUCCAGCAGCUGUUUGAUAUCAGCCCACUUAACCAGUUACAUUUUAGGUAUGUAUUCUAUCCAACAGUGGUUUAUAAAUGUCGUCUUUUUUACGAGGCAUCGCAAAUGGUUUAAGGUCAUUAGCGAACGAUGUAGAGAACCAUGCACCAAAGGACUAUAUUCAGUUUCGUCUGGAUGGAUUGGUGAACGAUUUAGCUCAGCUCAACGCUGAAAUGGAACUGGACGUCGACCCAGCAGUGUUGGCCAGUCUUCAAGAAGUUGCCCGCCAACUAUGCAUCCUCUCAGAGACAGAAGACGAAGACGCAACCUUUGGACGCCCGUCAUUAUUUUUGCCCCCCGAUAUUAUCGAAGCUCACCUCCAUUUGGGUUACACUGCUGGGGACAUAGCACACCUGUUCAGUGUGAGCGAGAGAACCAUUCGUCGGAGGAUGGCACAUUAUGGGAUAAGAGUCCAUGAAUUAUUAACUCCAUUGGAGGACAACGAUCUGGAUGCAACUGUGACCCAAAUUUUGCAGCAUCAUCCCAACUCUGGAUACAAAAUGAUGGUUGGUCACCUGAAAGCACAAGGCAUAAACAUACAAAGACAACGUGUCCAGGAAUCCAUGAGGCGCGUGGAUCCUAAUGGAGUUGUGGUGCGCACACUUCAGCUGAACCCACAAAGGCGCAGGAAGUACUUUGUACCAGCACCGAACAGUUUAUGGCAUAUCGACGGAAAUCACAAACUGAUAAGAUGGCGUUUCGUUGUGCAUGGUGGUAUUGACGGCUUUAGUCGUUUAAUUGUGUACUUGAGUUCAGCCACCAACAAUCGGGCAGCAACAGUCUUAAGUAGCUUCUUGGAGGCUGUUGAUGUCUACGGCUUGCCAUCACGUGUCAGGUCAGAUAAAGGCGGGGAAAAUGUUGACGUUGCACGCUACAUCGUGGCUAACAGAGGACUGAACAGGAAUUCCCACAUUGCUGGCAGGAGUGUCCAUAAUCAAAGAAUAGAGAGGCUCUGGAGAGACGUUUAUGUGGGAGUGCUUGAUCUCUUCUACGCCAUCUUUACUAACCUUGAGAGAGAAGGUCUUCUCAAUCCUGUCAACGAGAUCCAUCUCUAUGCUCUGCACUGGUGCUUUCUGCCCCGCAUACAGAAGCACCUUCAGUUUUUCCAGCGUGGCUGGAACUGUCACCGACUACGCACUGAGGGAAACCAAUCCCCGUUGCAACUGUGGACUCGCCAUGAACAUGAGGCCCAGCCAGAACAUAUACAGGUUGACAUGGAGUUUGGAAUCGACUGGACUGGACCAUGUGGUCACCGUCAACCUGGUGUUGUGAUCCCUGAAGUUCAGCUGCAGCGCCCACUGACUGAGCAGGAAGCUGAAAGUCUACCAGACCCCAGUGGCCCUCUGUCUGAUGUUGUUGAUGUCUAUGUCCAAACUGUGAGCUUAUUAUCAGAAAUGAUCCAGUAAAUUCCUCCCUCACAAGCUCCAUGAUGAAGAAUUUGUGAGUUACAUAAAAAGACAGUGCUUGGCUUUAGUGCAGUUCUAAUUUCCAUUGCUAAAUCACAAUGUUUUGAUAGAUAUUAGAUUUGUUUCAUAUGGAUGAGGUAAUUUUAACAUAAGUAGAAAUAAGGAGCUUCUACAUUUUUUUUCUGAAUAAUAUAUUUAAUAAAUAACAGCAACAACUGGCUUUGAAACAAUUUCACUUAGUGAACAGUGAUUAACUGACAGAGGCAUAAUUAACUAAAUCAGUGAACAUCAUAAUGAACUAAAACUAUACUGUCUAGAGUCUACAGUCUAGACUCUAGACAGUAAAUUUUUGCAACUGAAUAACACUGGUGCAAUAAAGCAGGCAUGUUUGUGAGAUAGUACAGCAUAUUUAAUUUGGUAUGGUCUAGACUCUAGACCAUACCAAACCCAGUGUCUGUGCUACAAAUCGCAGCAACAAUGUCUCUUUCAAAAUUAAAAUACUCCUUGUAAUGAUGUGGAAGUUUCAGCAGGUGGAAGCAGGUGGAGGAC